UAAUAGGUUGAUCUCCUACAGGAUACUGUAAACGGAGUCGGCGUGGAAUCCCCUGAUGUGAUAGCAGCAAACUGGAAGAAGAAAGUGAAGGAGGAAAGUGUGGAUGUGAGAAACAGCAAACAGGACAGCAGGAAUGACAGUAACGCCAUGAUAGAGAGCCUGGAAGACCUGCAGGAGUUAGCAGGCACUUCUGGCCGAUGGAAUCUCACCGUCAUCGUCCUUGCCUGCUUAUGUACGUUUGUCUCGCCUUUCCAGGCAAUUUCUUAUCAGUUUCUAGGCGCCACUCCGAACUAUUGGUGCCACGUAGUGCCCCUGGUGGAUGCCAACUGGACAAAUGAAGAAAUUCUUGAUUUUGCCAUCCCUUCCAGGUUAGUGUAGUCUUCAAACAUUAACUCCAUAACAGAGCCAAGGUUAGUUAGAAGCGCCCUGGGUGGAGACCAACUAGACUAUUAACAUGUCCUUCAGCUUUUCCUUCCCCUUCAGCUCCUGCCGUCGCAAGUUUGUGUUUAUUGACUCCAAAGUUUCAGUUACUGCACUAGAGUGGAAAACAAAUAGUCUUCCAAUAUGUGCUUGUCGUGGUAUUGAAUUUUAUGAUGUAAUUGUAUACAAAAUCCAACAACACGCAUGCACGCACGCACUACUUCCCCAUCUCACCAACUUCACUACACCAGGGAUUUAUCAGCAAAACAUUCAAGUGAUCAAUGAUUGGUUAUCAAACAGUGAUCCAGUAGUGAAUCCCAAGGAAAAAACAAGCAUGAUUCACAACAAGUCACCAGUGAGCAGUGUAGUACUAGACCGUGGGCACUGUGUCGGUGACCCUCAAACUACCAGAGACAAGGAGUACUGCGUGUGUUUACGACCAGACAAAUAUGUACAGAUGUCUACCAGUGUACUGCACCAAGGAAAUUCUUUCAGUAACCCUCAAGGUGCCGCCAUUGAGUUGAAGGCCACCUUGGACAAACACUUCCCUACGUCCACAAUAACAGACAUCAACAUAUGUCCACCAGUGAACUACUCCAGGUGCACCUUGUACAGUUUAAAGCAAGGGAACAGAUAUCCUGAUGGCAGCAUUAUUGUACUGUAA